AGUUGAGGGGCGGGAGACGCGUCCUGUGUGCUGUGUGGACACGGGGCAUGCGUGACAGGGUGAGGGUGAAGGCUCCCGCUCUCCACACUCCUUUGCCAGACAUGCAUUGUCCUUAGAAAAACUUAAAUGGAAAAACAGCAGCUGGAGAUUUCUCCUUUGUAAAGCCUCGUGGUGGAAUAUCUGCUUGAUGAGGAAGGAUGAACACACCACGUAGGGACUCGAUAUGAACGGAAAAAGGCCUGUCACCAUGAGUCUGGCAUUUCAUUGGUCAUCUUAGAUCUCCCUCAGUGUUUUAUGACCAACACGACACGGCAGAUGCAGGUACUACGGCACUCCGAACACACACUGAAAACAGCUCUCCUCUCAAAGAACCCGGCGCUUGUGUCCCAGUACGAGAAGUUAGAUGCUGGGGAACAGCGGCUAAUGAAUGAAGCCUUCCAGCCGCACAAUAAUCUGUUCGAACCCAUUACGGUGCACUCACAGUCAGACUGGAUCUCCUCCCACCCCGAGGCUCCCCAGGACUUCGAACAGUUCUUCUCUGACCGCUACAGAAAGGCACCCUGUCCGAAGAAACACAUAAUCUACAUUCAGCCCAUUGGCUCUCUAGGCAACUCCAGAGUUAUCAGUGAAGAGUAUAUCAAAUGGCUCAAGGGCUACUGUGAAGCAUUUUUCUAUGGCUUGAAGGUGAAGUUCUUAGAACCAGUUUCCGUCUCUGCAACCAAGUGUUCCUUUAGAGUGAACGAGCACACACAAAACCUACAAAUCCAUACAGGGCAUAUCCUGGCAUUCUUGAAAAAGAAUAAACCCGAAGAUGCCUUCUGCAUCGUGGGGAUAACAAUGAUCGAUCUUUACCCUCGGGACUCGUGGAACUUCGUCUUUGGACAGGCCUCCUUGUCAAGUGGUGUGGGCAUAUUCAGCUUUGCCAGGUACGGCAAGGAUUUCUACACCUCGAAGUAUGAAGGCAGUGUGAAGACCCCACAGCUGACGUCUUCCACUGACUACUCCAUUUUUGAUAACUAUUAUAUCCCUGAAAUCACUAGUGUUUUGCUGUUGCGAUCCUGUAAGACUUUAACCCAUGAGAUCGGACACAUCCUUGGACUGCGACACUGCCAGUGGCUUGCGUGCUUAAUGCAAGGCUCCAACCACUUGGAGGAGUCUGACCGGCGUCCUCUGAAUGUCUGCCCCAUCUGCUUACGUAAGCUGCAGAGUGCUAUCGGCUUCAGUAUUGUGGAUCGAUACAAAGCGCUGGUGAAGUGGAUUGACGACGAAUCCUGCGACGACUCAGGAACAACUCCGAAAAGCAGUUCUGAGCAUGUGCAUUUGCCGAAGCCCGUGGAAGCCUUUAAGGACUGGAGAGAAUGGAUAAUCAGAUGCAUUGCUGUUCUUGAAAAAUAAGGACUUUGAGACAGGAGUAGCUGAAAUAAAUACUGGCACACUAGGCGUUUGUGGGUAGAACUCUUCAUUGGAAUAAACGAUCUGCUGAGUCUGCGCCAAGGCCGGGUGACAGACGAGAACUUGUCUGAAGCCCCUGGACUGGAAUAAGAUUCACUAAGGACAACAAAACCCUCUCUGCCUUUCUCUCCAUAUCACUAGCUGGUCUGCGGCAGUAACCCCGUCAUUUCUGCCCUUCAGAUAGGAUUAGGUGAAGAUAGACAAUAAACAAAUAAAUACUUUAAAAAUCA